AUGGUCUCCCCCAAAGCCGCAUCAUCGUCUCCCUUUGAAGCAGACGGCAAGAAGUCGCGGGCCAAGCACGCAUGUCGCGAGUGCAACACCCGCCGGGUUCGCUGCGAUGUCAUGGAGAAGCAGCCGUGCUCCAACUGCCUGGCCGCCGGGGCGACGUGCCAGGUUCUGCCGUCGCGCAGAGGAAGAUAUCCGCGGAGGUCGCGUCGGCUACUGCAGCAGAUGCCGAGUGAGGCCAGCAACACCACUCGGGCUCUCAGCGAAGCCAAUCUUCCUCAUACCAGCCAGGUGACUCCCCUCGGCACUCCGUCUCACUCUCACGGCAACUCGACGCCAGAUGCUGCGGCGUCUCAGCCUCAGCACUAUCCGGCCUCGGAGCCCCAGGGACAAGACGCCUCAUCGCCAUCAUCACCGACGACAACGCCCGGAACCCGCUUCUUCGGCGAGUCCAACUUCCUCACGCUGAUUCCGGGCGACGACGAGGGCGCCUCGGCCCAGCCCAACGUCGCCGGCAAUGGCCGCAACAAUCAAAAGCCGCGCUUCACGUUCCCCAUGCCAACCACGCCUCAAUCCACCGCCCAAGCCGCCGAGGCCAACCCGGGCCGCAGUCCCGCCAUGAUGCGCUACCUCCGCGACGAAGGCGCCCUGGCGCUGCCGGAUCUCGAGAGCUGCCGCCCGGCCUUUGAGGCGUACUUUGCGCGGUUCCACCCGGCCUAUCCCGUCCUCGACAGGGCGCUGGUGGCGCGGCGGCUGGCCUCUGCGUCGUCCUUUUCGUCGGUGGACUUGUCGAGGAUGCUGCUGCAGGGGAUGCUCCUCAUCGGGGCGACGUACUGCGACGUGGGCACGAUCCGCGCCAUGGGCUUCGAGGACAGGUCGCAGGCCAAGACGGCGUUUUACACGCGGGCGCGGGUGCUGUUCCACGCCGACUGGGAAAAGGACGAGACGGUGCUGAUUGUGUCGUUGUUUCUGAUGAGUUUCUGGAGGGGGGCGCCGGCGCAUGUGCGGGAUGUGCGGUACUGGCUUGGGGUUGUGAUUACGCUGGCCGAGUCGUACGGGCUGCAUCGCUCGUGGGUCUCGAUCAAUGUCAAAGGACUCUUAUACCGCCUCCAUGAGACGAAGAAUAUGGUGGUCCAUCUACGCAAGUCUACUCCCAUCCUUCAGCGCAAUCACCCAACUCAUCCCUUUUUCGUAAUGCAGGUGAGAGAGCGACAGGCUGCCGCAGCUCUAGGUCUCCCCAGCAGGAUACGAGACGACGACUGCGACAUUGAGCCCCUCAGCCCAAUGGAUCUCGAGUCAGAAGUCAGCCCCGUCGACCCGUCGUUUGGCUCAUGCCAGCCAGAGCACGUCACAUAUGCCAUCAAGAUGGUGGAAAUUGCCAAAUUACUUGGUAGAAUCAUCGACCUCCAUUUCGGGCCCGGACACGCCUCCAUGUCCUCGGCCUCUCCAAACACUCUCCAGGAUCUCAACGCCUCUCUCGAAGCCUGGAUGGCGAGUCUCCCAGAAAACAUGAAGUACUCUCCAGAUCAUGGCACGGAUUCAGUCUGGGCGUGUCUCCUCCACCUCGCAUACAACUUCCUCCGCCUCGAAUCCACCACCCCCGGCUCCCAGGUCGUCCUCAAAGCCGCCUGCCGCAUCAGCCGCAUCGCCGAGGACAUGUCCACCCAGGGGAUCCUCCGCUACGGCCAAAUGCAUCUCAUCACAAGCAUCUUCUCCGCCCUCUGCAUUCACACCAUCACCAUCCGUCGCGGCACAGGCCUGACAAGACGUCUUGCCGAGCACCGCGCCGAGGCGUGUCUCCUCUGUCUGAAGGAGGUCCAAAAAUACUGGCGCAUCAACAUCAACGUCCUCGACUUUUUCUUGCACUACCUCGACCGCUCGAUUGCCGCUCGCUUACACGGGAUGCAAUCCGACGCCGUUGCGCCGCCCCCGUCCAGCACCGGCCAAGGGCCCCCCAGAGAAGCAAAUGAUUUGAAAACCAUCGCGGAAGUGGAAACGAUUCCUUCCGAGUCAAAUUCAAAUCCGAACGUAUAUGCCCCCAUCGAAUAUGACUCGGCAGUGCCGAAUAUCCCCAUACCAAAUCUCGGCCCGGGUCAUUAUCUAGCGCAGGAAGAAUUCCGAGAGCAGUAUCUCGGGCUCGUCAGCCAAGGCGACGACUUGCUGGGUGAUUUGGAACUAUUUCUACAGGGCGAGGAUUUUUCACAGGCGGGAAAUGGAUUUAAUAUGCUGCAGAGGUCAUUAUGA